AUGAAAAGGCUCUUCUCAAGAUUUAAGCACUCGAUGCGGAUUUCCGUGUCUACCUCGGACCCAAUUCGUGCAGCGACCACAGGUCCAGUCGGCUCACCCCAAACUACCGGAGGACACCAGAAACGGGUGGUCUGCAAUGUACUACGUCGCAAUGCACCGGUGGAAGACCUUCCACUGGAAGUUCGGCACCACCCUCUUUGUAUGCUGGAACUAGAAACACUUAAGGAAUUAGUCCACGCGUCUCCUGUUUACCACCAGCAGUAUCUAACAACAUUGAGCACCGCUACUGUUGACGCUUGUGCUGUUUAUCAGUCUGGCUUGGUCAACUUUUCUUACUCGCGCACUAAAGAGAAAGUGAAUAUGUUUCUUCAAUCCUACCAGGACCAGCGGGGCUCAUCCCUGUAUUCAGUACCGAGGGAAAUGUCUAGCGUUGAUGCGCUCGUGGCCCUAGCGGUGUUCUACUUCUCAAUCGUCAAACCACUCGCAAAGUAUUACACUAGCUGGGCGCUGGGCAAUCUCGCCGCAGAGACGGACAAGCCACGAAGUAACGAGCCUCUAUGCAAGAUGCAAGAGACACGACUAAUACGUGCCCUGUAUCGGUUCCAGCUCUGCUGUAACCUGUUCGGAGCUGGCUGCCAGAAAUCCUCUCAGAAGCAAAGACUGGGCUUCGACUCUGUGGAGAUCGGGACGAUAUUCUUAGACUUAUUCGAGCCUUGGGAGGUCGAGGAAAUCUCCUGUAUCUAUCACUUCGCCAAGGAAAGAUAUAACCAGAUCUUUAACGACAUCCGCUGGGAUGUCCACGAAGAGAACCCAAAGUUUGAAGGACAACGGCCACCCACCCCUGAAGGAGCAUUUGACCUAGAUAAUAGUUGGAUCAGGGAUAGUCUCCUGAAAGGAACAAUCUCCUGCGGUCUUGACCUCUUGCAUAUGGUCAUCUCUAAGAUAAAGGACUACAAAAAUCUAGUCAUGACUAUGCAACAGCACAUAUCGUGGCCGACAGGCAAUUUCCUCGAGGGUGAAGCCCUAGGAUUGCCCUCGAAUCGGGACUUGCGACAGGAGAGAGGUGACCCACUGCCAUUCCAAGGAGAUGAGUUCCCCGAUGCAAAUGGAGUACGUCCACCUCUGGCUUGGACCCUGAUAUGGAAGGGAUCGUACAGCAACCUAUACGGAUACUACGUGCAGGAUGUCAUCCGCAGCUGGGGAUAUGUUAUGUGGGAUGCGACGCGACUCGACCGCACCGGCGCAAAAGAGCUUUUGGCACGACAGUGGGAGGCGGAUUGGGGGGACACUGACUCAAGAGAUAAUCUGCUGUAG